CACUCGAGCGUCUAUUUCCCCAUAGAAAACUUUCCCCUUCGACGUCGAAUUGGCGGCAAAUCCAAAUCCAAAAGAAACGAAAGUUUCGAUUUUUCAUUUCAGUACUAGGCUCUAGGGUGCCCAGAGCUUUCCUUCCGAGCAACAAUGGAGGUUUCGACCUCCUCGGCUUUCAAUUUGGGGAUUUUGGACACUCUCACCGACGACUCAAUCCAAGAAAUCUCCGGCAGCUACGACGGCUUCUGCGCCGCCACGGAGGCGCUUCUCAACGGCGCCGGCGACCUCUCCGUUGGCUCGGAGUUCGUCGCCCACGUCCACGCCCUCUGCAAACACGGCCUCGACUCUCUCGUCAGAGACCACUUCCUUCGUGCUCUCGAGGAAACUUUUCAGAGAAAUGGCGCUUUCAAAUUUUGGAGGCAUUUCGAUCCUUAUCGCGGUAGUUCCGAACUCCAACUGAAAAACUCCAAUAUUGGGGAAGACGAAGUUCAGGAAGUACUGUGCAAGGCAUUGGAAGAGAUAUCAACGGAAAAGCAAUAUCAAGAGAAGUGCUUGUUAAUGCUGGUUCACGCUUUACAGUCUUUCAAGGACAAUUCAUCAGAUGGAAGCCAUAAUUCGCAUUCAGAGAGAGUUCACCUCUUUUCUAAGUAUCAAUUACUAGUGUCUUCGGUUCUAAUGGCUUCUCUUCCUCGUCAUUUUCCUGAGGUGCUACAUUGGUACUUUAAGGAGAGCUUGGAGCAAUUAAGUACUAUCAUGGCGGGAGAAUUUGAUGGGGAUUAUGAUGAUGAUGAAAGUGAAAUUCAAGAUAAGGAUGACAUGGCUUUAGAUGAAAGGAGCAAAGGAUCCUAUGGGGCUGGUAAAAUGGAAAUUGAUGAAUCCUCUAUACAAGGCAGGUUCUCUGAGAAUAACAAGUUGGUGAAAAAUAUUGGGAAGGUUGUUCGCGAUCUUAGGAAUCUUGGUUUUACAUCCAUGACUGAAGAUGCCUAUGCUUCUGCCAUAUUUUUGCUUCUUAAGGCCAAAGUACAUGAUCUUGCUGGUGAUGAUUACAGGAGUUCGGUCUUGGAGUCCAUUAAAGGGUGGAUACAGGCCGUGCCUCUUCAGUUCUUGCAUGCCCUUCUUGCUUAUCUUGGUGAGUCCACCAGUUAUGAGGAUGUCUCAUCCGGCCUCAAGUCACCUUUGGCUUCACACCCUUCAUCAUUUUAUCCUGGGUCUGAGACGCCAUCUGAAGGACUUGUAAGAUGGCAAUUGCGACUAGAAUAUUUUGCCUAUGAAACUCUGCAAGAUUUAAGAAUAGCCAAGCUAUUUGAGAUUAUUGUGGACUACCCUGACAGUUUGCCCGUGAUUGAAGAUUUAAAACAGUGUCUUGAGUACACUGGACAGCAUUCCAAGCUGGUUGAGUCAUUUAUCACUGCACUACGAUAUCGCUUACUUACUGCAGGUGCCUCAACCAAUGACAUAUUACAUCAAUAUGUUUCGACUAUUAAGGCACUCAAGACAAUGGAUCCAGCAGGUGUUUUCCUUGAAGCAGUUGGUGAACCAAUAAGAGAUUAUCUAAGAGGAAGGAAAGACACUAUAAAAUGUAUUGUGACCAUGCUUACAGAUGGUAGUGGUGGGAAUUCAAAUAUUUCUGGAAAUACUGGGGACAGCCUUCUUGAAGAAUUAAAUAGAGAUGAAGAAAGUCAGGAAAACACUGGUCUUGAUGAUGAUUUUAACACCGAUGACAAGCAAGCAUGGAUAAAUGCCAUACGCUGGGAGCCUGACCCCGUAGAAGCUGACCCUUUGAAGGGUAGCAGGAACCGAAGGAAGGUUGACAUACUUGGGAUGAUUGUUGGCAUAAUUGGUUCCAAAGAUCAACUUGUUAACGAAUAUCGUGUCAUGCUGGCUGAAAAACUUCUCAACAAGUCUGAUUAUGACAUAGACACAGAAUUGCGCACUCUUGAACUCCUCAAGAUACAUUUUGGAGAGAGCAGCAUGCAGAAAUGUGAAAUUAUGCUAAACGAUUUAAUCGGUUCCAAGAGGACAAACAGCAACAUUAAAGCAACCAUAAAUCAAUUAUCUCAAACCGGCUCUGAGCUGGGGGAUACUGCGUUGCCCAUGGAUAUUCUUGAUGCUACAAUUCUAUCUUCUAAUUUCUGGCCUCCAAUCCAGGACGAGUCCCUUGUUAUACCUCAGCCUGUUGACCAGCUGCUCUCUGAUUAUGCAAAGAGAUUUAAUGAAAUCAAGACCCCUCGUAAGCUACUGUGGAAGAAAAAUCUUGGUGCAGUCAAGUUGGAAUUGCAAUUUGAAGAUAGAGAGAUGCAGUUUACAGUGGCUCCAGUGCAUGCAGCUAUAAUUAUGAAAUUUCAAGAUGAGGCUAGUUGGACCUCUAAAAAUCUUGCAACUGCAAUUGGGGUUCCAGUAGAUGUGCUUAACCGCAGGAUAAAUUUCUGGAUAAGCAAGGGAGUUCUUGCAGAAUCAAUUAGAGAAGACAACAAUCAUGUCUUUACCCUGAUGGAAGGUAUGGUUGACUCAAGUAAGAAUGUUGGUAACAGUGGGAAUUGUGAAGAACUAGUAGCUGAUGAUGAGGGAGAGAAAUCUGUGGCUUCUGUGGAAGAUCAACUUCGGAAAGAAAUGACUGUGUAUGAGAAAUUUAUCAUGGGGAUGCUCACAAAUUUCGGAAACAUGGCAUUGGAUCGAAUCCAUAAUACCCUUAAGAUGUUCUGUGUAGCCGAUCCGUCUUAUGACAAAAGUCUCCAACAGUUGCAAAGCUUCUUAUCUGGACUAGUUGCUGAAGAGAAGCUAGAACUGAGAGAUGGAAUGUACUCUCUAAAGAAGUAAUAGACUGAUAUGUCUCAUAUCCUUCCAGUCAGAAAUAAAGAGGCGAGAUUAUCCGUUAAAGAGUUUGAAGAUGGGCUUUUGAGGCUAGGGUGUUGACGUGUUGUUGAAAAUUUGCUAAUUAUGGGGCAGUAAUUAAAAUGUCAAAUUCUAAUCAUCUCAAGGGAGGUUUUUCCGUGUAUCAUGCAGUGGAAUGAACGUAUCCAACCUUGUAAUGGUAGUGAAUAUUCAAAAAUUCAAUUUUCCUAGUACAUAUAUUCUUCAUCUAUUAGAUGAUAAUGUAACGUAUG